AACAAGGAAGAGGUCACACACAGACACCCACAACUCUCCCACCAUUUCACCUUCCUUUGCCUUUUUUUUUUUCUUCUUUUUUUUUUCUUUAUUUCUUUCCACACCCAUUUGUGAGAUUCUUGCAGUGGUCUUUUCUCUUCCACUGGAUUGUACAGAUUCCCAAUUAAUAACCCAUCUUAAUCCCUUCACUUCUGAAUUCUGAUUGAUUUUGGGAUUUUGAUUUUCCCUUUUUCUUCUUGUUCUUAUGUUUUCAUUUCUCUUUUUUUGGGUUUUUUGAGACUUUUUGAGGCAAAACUCUUCUGGGUCUUUGAGCUAUUGCUUGUUUCUGCAAUUUCCCUUUUCUGGGUUUUUUCAGAAAAGGGUUUUAUGCCCAAUAGCUUGAAGAAAAAAAAAACCAAUCAUAUAUAUAUAUUCCCAUUUUUGUAUAAUUUUUGUGAAUAAAUUAGUUUUUUACCCAGUUUUUUUUUUUUGUAAUUUGCUUUAUCUACUUGAGGAGAAAUUUUUAAAAGGAAGACAAGGAUAUGGGCAAGCAAGGGCCUUGUUAUCACUGUGGAGUUACAAGCUGUCAAGCUGUUAAUAUGCACCCCUACCCUCCUGGAUUGCAGCAUGUUUUAGAAUUUAUAAUUCAUUUGCACAAGCACAAUCCUCAACGUGUGGAGAUCGUCAUUAUAUUGCUAAUAGCAGCAAGCAAGGAUUUUUCCAAUAAGUUUCAGAUGCCCAAAAGCAUUGAGGUUGCUUGUAUAGAAAGAUGAAACUCGGCCUAUAAGAGUUGAGGAUGACCGUUCUUGCCAAAGUUUGAGCACAUUGAUGGUUAUUUUCUUUAAUUGAAGUUUAGUUCCAGCAAGAGCUUGUUUUGAUUUUAUAGUUGAUAGUUCAUGUCAAGCUUGCCUAACUUUUUGAAGAGUAAAUCGGCAAUGAAGAAGACAGAGGACUGAUCAGCGGAAUUGUUUCUUUCAUCAAGGUUUUCUGGACUAUCAAAGUAUGAACACGAGGACAUUUUCAUUGGCUUGGAAACAGACAAGUUUCACAAAAGGACAUGAAUGACAACAGAAAUAGGAUCAUCUUCAUCAGAGUCAUUAUCUUUUGGAUCCUUCAUCCCUUAUUUUGAGACUACAAACCUAGCCUAAGCAUGCAUCAAAAUUUAGUUUCAGUAACUCAAUUGAACCGUGGUUUAUUUGAGAGGUUUGAAUUAUGCCAUUCUAAUGGCCACAAGCCAUUUGCAUAUUUUGGAGCUCCUCCUAGGCCGUUCUUUCUGAUAUAGAACAGUGAUUGGUGUAACUGUAACACUGGUCCUCAAAGUUCAAUUCGAUUUGGCUGUAAUGUUUUCUGGACAAAAUCCAAAUGCAGUUGAAAUGCACAUUUUCCUUCUAAGUUGAAUUGGCAAGCUACUAAAAGCACUUUAUAUCCAUUAAAUUUUAUGGUGAUAAAACUUCUGUGCCAUGCAUAGUCAUUGAUUCUUCAUUGAUUUUACAGAUUUUCUCCAAACCCAACUGUGUUGCCUUGAGUGUAGUUGGCAUGAUUUGUUUCAAAAUUUCCAUGUUUCCUUUGUUGCAUUAGUUAUUUCUUUAAUAUUAGAUCCUAAAGGCAAGAAUUGAACAGGCACACCACUCUGGCGUAAUGGGCCUCCUGACAAGCCAGUAUUGUGCAAUGCCUGUGGAUCUCGAUGGAGGACAAAGGGAACUUUAGCAAACUAUACCCCUCUUCAUGCACGGGCGGAUCCUGAUGAGUUUGAGGAUAAAAGGAUCUCUCGGUGGAAGAACUUGUCAAUGUGUAAGAACAAAGAAGUGAAACUGCUUAAAAGAAAACAGUAUCAAGAUAAUGGACUUGUGGUUGGGGUUCUUCCCGAUCAUGCUCAGAGCUUUCACAAGGUAGUGGAUGAAGAUACAAGUAAUAGAUCAAGUUCUGGAUCAGCCAUAUCGAACUCUGAGAGCUGUGCACAAUUUGGUGGCGCAGAUGCUAGUGAUCUGACAGGUCCCUCACAAUCAACGGCGUGGGAGGCAAUGGUGCCUUCUAGAAAGAGGACCUGUGUCGGUCGUCCAAAGUCUACUGCAGUUGAGAAACUCACUAAAGAUCUAUACACCAUUUUACGCGAACAACAGUCUUACUUUUCUGGAUCUUCCGAGGAGGAUUUGCUUUUCGAGAAUGAAACUCCGAUGGUCUCCGUAGAGAUAGGACAUGGAAGCGUUCUCAUGAGGCAUCCAAGUUCAAUUGCUCGAGAAGAGGAAUCAGAAGCAAGCUCAAUUUCAGUUGAUAAUAAGCAAUUCUCUUUAAAUGAGGUUCAUUCAGAGUCGUCCAUCCUUCCUGUACAUUACGAAACUCAGAACAAGUUUGUAAAUUUUUCUACUCUUGGAAUUGGGAGGAAGCACUCUACUGGACAAGGGUUCUUGAAUGAUCAAAUUAAAAGGGACAGGCCUCAAUCAGAAAGAAUGCAAGCACUUGGAAAUCGCAAUUCCCCUCUCUGUAAUAUAGAUCUAACUGACAUUCUAAACUUCAGAGAGUUUACGAAACAAUUGACGAGUGAAAAUCAGCAAGAAUUGAUGAAGUAUCUGCCUUCUGUUGAUUCUGAAGAGCUUCCAGACAGCUUGAAUAGCAUGUUUGAAAGUCCUCAGUUCAAGGAGAAUUUGAAUUCUUUUAAGCAGCUGCUCACUGAAGGAGUCUUUGAUUUCUCCUUUCCGGGUGCAAAAAGAGAAGACUGCAAGAUUUUGAGUAGGCUGGUGUUGUUGGAUUUGUCAAAAUCAAAAUGGGUGGAACGAUAUAAUUUACUCAAGAAAUGCAGUAGUGGAGAGUCUGUCCAAGGUUUUGCUGCUGCAUCAAGUAGCCUUACGAAUGGCAAGAGAGUGCUUGAUGGCCAGAACAAAAAGCUUUCAGAAACCAGGACCACAAUGAAGAGUCCCAAAAGGGUGAUGACGAAGACAAGCACGGAAAGCAAGGAACUUGUUGACAGUGACGGUUCUUGCUUCAGUCCAAGAAGUUUAUUUGCUUUGCCUUCUGAUGGAGGUUCCUUCACACUGGAGGCUCUGCAUUUUGAUGAGGAUAGUUCUGACCAAGAUCUCCUACUGGAUGUGAGGUCAAACAGUUCCUUUCCACAGGCAGAGCUUCUUCAUCCAGCCCUGAGUUUUGUUGCUCAACCGGCAAGCAAUAGUAGUAGCUCGGUAAAUCUUCGACUUAUGCAUCGCUGACAAUUUCGUAUAACCAUCACAGUUUCAUAACUUAAAAAAGAAGUAUUUUUCUCUCUUGCUUGAUGAAACUGAAAAUGAAAAGUCUCAAUAUGGGUUAUGGUUGAUUUCUCUUCCUUACCCUUUCAAUCACUCUUAUAAACUUGCAGCUAUAAGGGGGGAUUUGGGUAGGCUUUUUUUUUGUAAAUGCUACAGCUGACUGUAAUAGAUAGCUCCCAUCUCAGAAGUUAUAAGGUUUAGAUUUUUGUACAUGGCUAGUACAUUUUUUACUUGCAUAAUAAUGUUUUGUUUUUCUUCUGGCA